AUGAGCACCUUUAGAUCAAAACUCGUAACCCAUGAUACGCUAUCACAGCUACCGCAUCCCAAGGCACUUCGAUUGCAACAAGCUUCAAAAUAUACAUUGGAUAUUCCCGUCAUAAUUGUUAAUGUCAAGAGCUGGCCCAACAAGGAAGAAGAAGGCAAGAUAAAUGGAGCCUCGCUCUUGAUUACCGACUUGACAAAGACUCACCAUCAAACGUGUGUUCAAAAAAAAACUUUACCACCAAAGAUUAAUGAGAUUGUGCAGUCAAUGACUGUAUGGAAUAGAAACACUAUUUUCAGCGUUGAGAUGAGCGCCGAACAAUAUGAGUCAUUUAAAAACGAUGUCGAGGACUAUGGUUGUGUUGAUCCUAUGUUUGCAAGGUUAAACUUUGACCUUCGUUUGAAGAAUGGCACUGCGAUUGAUGGAUUGUGUAAUAGUAUAAAAUUACCCUCGCGUGUAAGACUACAUUCACACUCACAUUCACAUUCACCAUCAGGAUCUGGGUCAGAUUUAAAUCCAGAACGGAAAGAUUUUACUCAAGUGAUGCGUGGGAUAGAACAAGAAUUUGUUAAUUUGUUGGAUAGAUAUUUGAAAGUUAGAGGAUCAGCUGAUUUUGAUAAAAUGGUGGAAUUUUUCAAAUUGCGCGAUUUUAUCCACAAGUUUGGUGCAUUGAGUCAAGAUAUCGAACACAUUUCACAGUUUCCGGGGUUCUUGGAAAGUGUUUCAAUGGAUGAGACUCAAGCCUUGAUGGAAGUGGAAUUUUCCGAUGUUGAAGAAGAAAAAAAUAUACCUGGAAUGAGUGAAGGUAGUGAAAUUGAUGAAGUUGAAAAAGAAAAUGUUAAAUUUGGGACACAUGGAGACAAGAAAAAAGUCGAUGUCUCUAAUAAAAUACUGGAGAUUGAAAAAGAAUUUGAUAGUGGUACAGUGAAUCAAAGAUUGGAGCAAGGUUACAAUUAUAAUGGCGGAGAUAAUGACAAUAAUAGAAAUGGUUUUGAAUUUAAUGACAAUUCAAGUGAAAAAAGAGCAAAUGGUAUGUUUAUGAGAAUUGAACCAAAGCCGACACACAAUAUACUGAAGCAUUUAGGCGAGUCCAAAGGUCACGCCAAUGUGGAGAGUCAGAUCCCUGAGGUUGAUGGUGAUAUGGGUUUCAGUGAUUUAGAUGAUGAUUUGGACGUACAAGGUGUACUAAUGAAUAAUACUCCUUCUCCUCCUCCUCCUCCUCCAUCUCUGGAUCAGAUUGAAAGUAAUGAAAAUAGUAUUAGCAACAACAACAAUAACAUCAAUAACAUCAACAAUAACAUCAAUAACAUCAACAAUAACAAUAAUAAUAAUAAUGAAAGUAGUAGUAGUAAUCCCAGCAAUGCUAACAGUCAAGAUUUCUCAAACUCGGUGGUACAUCGAAAACGUAAAGGGGAAAUCGAUAAGAAUAUUGAAGAACAUGACGAGAACAAUGAGGAAAUGGCAAUUUUGCGCAAGAAGCCCGCCGUAUUUAAAACUAAUGAAGUUGCAAAACAGCAGCUGCAAUUGUCACUGGCACCAACACUGACACUGACACUGACACACAAGCAGACAUUACAAUUAGAUAAAGAUUUACUGCAUUUUGCACAUAAUGAAAUCUCACCGGUACAUGUACGGCUCGAUUCUUCACAAACUAUUCAGUUUGUAUCCAUCAACAAGUUAAAUCGAUAUGUGGAUAAUCAUAGUUCAAGUUCACUCAUUUCAAAUGCAAUGCUAGGACCAGUUAGAACAUUAGGCAUUUUACCAUUCAAACAGUUUAUUCUUACACCUUAUGAUGAAGAUGGAAUAAGAUUUGCACCGGUAAGAAUUAUGUUUGACGAUGAACAAGAGAGUGAGAUUUUGGUGCAUCUUCAAAAGGAUACAGAGUUUCACCACUUUUUUGGAUUGAAGGGUGGUAACAAUGACAUAACUAAUGGGGACGAAGAUUUUGUUAAUGUUAUGUACAGCAAAUUACACAGUUUCUUACAAAGUGAAGCGCAAAUGACAAUCAAAUUACGACAAGAGUAUGAGUAUUGGCAGUGUGGGGCAAAAUCAAGAUACUGGACUUUUGAGUCUACAUUGGAUGAGCUAUUGAAUGAGUUAGCCAACAAAGUAUCAGACGAAUAA